UCAUGGCUUGAACUAUCCAUAUUCUCAUCCCCUUCAAGUUUGAAGUUCUUGUUAGUGACGUUUGCCCUUUCGUCGCAAAAGUUUCACGGUGCCGAUUUUGACACGAAUAAGGAAUCAAUCCGUCUCAGCAUAAAUCAGAAAAAAAAAUCAGCUUAAUUUUACCGACACCGAAUUAUCCCGAUUCCGGAUAGUUCGUUGAACUUUUUUCUUGACAGUCAUGGAGUAAUUGGUGAUUUCAAUUUUGCCAGUCGUAAGUUGGAAACGAAUGCGUUGGCGUUUUGAAGUAUACGUCCGUUGUGGUUUUAAUAUGGUUUUGUUUCCAAGCCGUGACGCAAACUGAUGUUCCUUUGCCCAUUUUUGUCGUCGUCGCUCGUUUCAGCACAUAAUGACCUCACCCGUAGCGCAUCAGAUUCACUUGGCACUCGUUGCACACCUCGACUAGGUGAAACCAAGGAGAAACCCAAACCCCCAAAGCAAAAAAGUAACAGCGCAACCUGCACACGCUCGAAUAAGCUACAAACUGCUAAGCCGUUCGCAAUGUUUGAUAUUAUCCAAAACAGUGAGAGUUGUGCAUCUUCCUUCGAAGCACGAUUGAUCAAAAAAUAUUGGUCUAAACAAAAUGAACACAGUCUUCCUUCUUUUCUGGGUAAAAUUCAUCUCGAAGACAACUCAAAACAAAUUGAGUGUACUGUUGCUCGUACCCAAGAGAACGCCAACAAUACUACCCCAAAGGAGGAAAUGAAGAACGAUAUCAUGGCGGGCUACUCGAAGAUCGCGAAGGACAAUCCGUGGUGGGAAGAACAAGAAACCUGCGAUGAUCAUCAUGCGGUUCCAUUUCAUUCCAAGGAAGACGAGUACCAUCCUCCUGCUGUGGAACAACGGGACGAAAAGGAUUGGAAAGUAUGCGAAGAUGAAGAAACGAAGACCUUAUCCACAGUGCAGGAAGUUUUCGAUGCCAAUGUCAAUCACGAUGGUAGUGGUCUGAGUGAAGACGGCGACAGUUCUACCAUUACCUCGUCGUCCGCGGGUGCUGAAUUCAAACUUUUUGACGAAAUGUCAGUCGUGACCGAUGAAUCGUCUAUGGGAGAUGAUGACUACAACAAGGAAGACAAGGACGAAUAAUACCUUCAUUUUAUCAGAGUUGAAACUUUGGAUGACUUAUCGAUCUUGACUUAAGUCACAAAAGACGACACAGAGAAGUAUUUUCGCUUCAUAAUUAUCUCAGUCUUUAAGAGUGUUAUGGUGGAGGAUGGCCAGGAGGAACAGCAUCAGGAGUUGAUUGGUAACUGCAUGGUGAUUGAAAAAGUUGUCAUGGCAAAGAUCUCCAAGGCAUCCGAAGAUGUAAUACAGUACUUAAUAAAUUCUGUUUCUGUUCUAGGGAAGGGUUUGACAUGAAUGAUCGAGAAAGAACCCCAAAACGCUUCUGGCCACAUACAAGAACCAUUGUCGGACAUAUCAAAGUGGUGUCGGAGUUACUUGAAGUUCUCUCAAGCGACGUCAACGCAUUUUUGGCAUCGAAAAAAUUGCGGAAGUGACGAUAAACCUCAUCGAGUCAAGACAAGGUUUUCCGGUCCGAAAGAGAUAACAGUACUUAUGCAGUGCGAAAAGGUCACAAACUCGAGAAACAUCAAUGUGAAUGAUAUCGGUGCAGACGAACGAAAGGUUUGAGAGUGGACAAGAAUAAAAAAGACGUCCUUGGGGACCAGAUUUCUUAUCGAUCGUGUUUCUUCAUUACUGAGUGUCUCUACAACCUUCGACCGCAAAUUCAUGUGUAAUAAUCGAAUCUAUAAAAUUAGGAAAGACACGAAGAAAAUCGCUUGGCAUACCAUCAUGAAAUUCAUUUUUUUGCGUCAUUCAAUCAGUCAACCUACAAUAAAGAAUUAUAUUGGAUUUUUGUUCUGCAUUUAAUCAAAAAAUGUCGACCAGAAUUAGCCAGUCAAUAUAAAUUGAUAAGUAAUCAGAAUCGAAUUGUUGCAGCAACAGAGACAUCCGAUUACUCCCAUAAAAGCAGAGUUCUCAGCUGGCUGUCACCUCCAGCCUGUGAAAGUGAUUGCGUGUAUCAUCCCGCUCUCAUCUCACUUCCCCAUUGGGAAACUCCGCCGUUCUCUCCAAUCACGCACGCACAACACGGGCUUAACGACGUUUUGCUCGCUGAUUUAAUAUUUGGGGAACCCUCCAACGGCAGCUGACAUGCUGGAAGAUUGGCUAGCAGACCAGUCGUAUCCCUUUUGAAACCCGGGAAUCGAGUUUCCCAUGGAGUCUUGUGUUCGCCCGUAGACCGAGGGAAGCGCCAUGAGGGUAUCGCUGCACUUAUUUUCCAUCAGGGGACUCACGGCUGCCGAAGCGCCGUUCGGGCAAAAGAUCUUGGACCCCUCCGAGUUUUGGGGAACGAUUUCUGCUAGUUGCCUUCGGAGGUCUUUCGCUGUCGACACCUUGAUUUGCCCAGCCUCUCCUCGAUCGUGCCAAUCCUUCUCGCGUCGGGCAUAAUCCGAAUACUUGGCGGAAGCUGCUUCGGGAUUAUAUACCAGGGUGGUGCCGGCUACCAGGGCGGAUGUAAUGCCAAAGAAAGCCUCUCUGCGUCCUAGGGCAUCCAACGAAGUAGUACUCUGCUGUCUGGAUGUCGCGUGUCCCACGAAUGCCAUGGCGUCAUAACUCAACACACACAAAAGCAAAAGGAAGAAGAGAUAUCCCUGUAUCAUUGUAAUAUGAACAAGUUGGAGAAUUUGAAGCUGCUAUUUUGUUUGCGGGUUUGUUGGAAUCCUGAAAGAGGUCUGAGAGAUUUGGUUGUGCGUCGUAGAUGGAUAAUCCACUAGCAGCGGAUAAGGAACGAAGCACCUGUUCAUGAGCAAACAGAACAUUUCUCCUGCGGAGAAGGAAUGAACGAGAGUUCUUGUGGCUUGAGGCCGUUGCGUGUUCUUGCCGCUUGUUCAGGUUUACGACCACGUACCACACGUGUUUGAACAGCCGGCGCGGGAAUGCACAAACAAACGAAAAAUGAGAAAUGUUCUCCGUCAUUGUGUAUUACGAAGUUAUCUGUGGUGUCGCACGGUACGAGUACAUGAAAGAAAAUAUCAAUACACAUUACGAAGUCCG